AAAGGCUACUCAGAGGUCAGGGAGGAUAAGGACAUCCUCAGAGCUUCCUGGGACUUCUUUUCUGUAGCUAACCCCAUCAGGGCCUGAACUCUGAGGCACAUAGUUUGAUAUUGGGGCUAUAAGGGCCAAGGGUCCAGGCUCUACCUCACCCAAACCACUGUGUGUAUGUGCCAUGUCAGUAUCUUCCAGUCACAGUUGUCAACACCACUGGCCGGCUCGAGGACCUUCGACGGCAGAUGGUGGCUCAUAAUCUCGAUGCCUACAUCAUUCCUGACACUGAUGCCCACAUGAGCGAGUAUAUUGCCAAACACGAUGAGAGACGCUGGUGGAUCUCCGGCUUCAGUGGCUCUGCAGGAAAUGCAGUGGUGUCCAAGACAAAGGCAGCUCUGUGGACUGACAGCCGAUACUGGAUUCAGGCAGAACGACAAAUGGACUGCAACUGGGAACUACAUAAGCAAAUUGGCACUUCGCCCAUGGCAGCAUGGAUCCUGGCAGAGAUUCCAGCCGGAGGAGUAGUUGGCUUUGACCCCUUCCUCUUCUCCAUUG